CCCUGACUAGGCCGUAUGCGGUGUAUGUUGAGAACUUUGCUGGCUUCAAUCUAAGAAGCGUCUUACCCAUAGUACCGACUAUAGCAAUCGAGUUGCUCGAUACGAUCACUCAGUAUGGCUAAGCGGGUGGACGCUCCUUUGUCAUGGCAAGCCGACCAAUUCCAGGACCUUAGUGGCACAUCUUCGUCCACUCAAAAAUUCGACAACCCGUAUGAUGUACUGAUACACGGCUCCAACAACGAUGCUGCGCUCAUACAAGAACGGUACAGCAACCAUCGGACGGGUCGAAACCAGCAGCAACGAGCGAAGUUACUGAGCAACGAUUUUGCAGGUGUCAGCGUUGAUCCAGUUCUAUACAACCUAGUCAAUGAUUCAUCAUACAAAGACCCGCGGUAUUGCCUUGUCUUUUGGGCCAGGCCAACCCAGCAUGUCAAGAAUCUUAUCAAGCAGAUUCAAGACAUGAUUGCUGCAGACUUUCCAAAGUUAUGGUUUAUGCCCCAAACUUGUCUGCACAUGACGACUUUGGAGAUUACUCACUCCCGCACAGAAGCAGAUGUCGCCCAACUCGUGGAUGGCAUUCUACCUGGAGUCACAGAGCUAACAGACUACACUUUCGAUCAUCGUGCACGCCUGAUAAAACCCCUCAUGAGCUUUGAUGCCUCAGCAUUUGCCCUCAGUUUUAUUCCAGCCGCCGGUGAAAAUCUUUCAGAUGGCCGGACGGCAUCAGAUGACAAGUACACUUACCAUCAUCUGCGCCGCGACGUGUAUAAUCUCUCGAAGAAGCUUGUGGAUGUAGAUUCGCGAUAUACUGUACCAUCAAGUCACCUGACUGUUGGUCGCUUCAUCGAUAAGGAUGCUUUCAGCACGGCUGAAGGCACACCCGAUGCUGAGAAGAUGAAGAAGCUCGUCCAAAAGUUUGACGAGAUCAAUGAUUGGCUACAGAGAGAAUACUGGCCGACUUCAGAUGGUCGUAUCAAAGAGGGCGGAGAAUGGAUCGUCGGACAGACGCAAGGUCUUGAUUUCCGCCGCGGCACACUGUGGUAUGGAGGGGGAGCGAGUGUCCGUCUAGGAAAGGGAUUCUAGAGAUCAUCCUUGAUGGUCUCGAAGUCUCGAAGUCCUAAGAAGAGGUGCUACAGAAGAAUUCUAGAGACCCCCUCUAGUUCAUCGUGCAUCCUGCUCAUCGCCAUCUCGCUACUAAAUGGGGUGGUAUACGCAGGAGAUCUUCACGUCUUCGCUGUAGGCAAAUCGUACAGGUAUCGCAACCGUCAUGCAAGGAGCAAUCCCAGGUGAUCGAAGCACGCCACUUACUAAAUCCAAACUAUGAGAAAGGACAUAAUUUCUUGGUGAGACGGUCAAGUGAACGCGGAGGUAGCUCCUGCCAAUAUGUAUUCACUAGAAACACUUUCACCACACUGUUAGCCACUGUUCAACAAUAUUAGAAACUAGUUCAACCUGGUCCGUGGG